AUGCGUCGGAUCAGUGAGGCUUUACGUUUAAAACUGACAAAGGUUAUAUGCAAAGCUAAAGAUGAGUCAUUUGUCAACUUUAAGACUUGUCAUGUCAAAGCCGAAUCCAGGAAUCUUCAAUAUAUAGCUCUAUAUAUUAAAUUCUUGCAACUACCCAUAAACGAUAUAAAUGUCCGCUUUAGAUUCAUGAAACGAGCCAAUGGCUAUAAACCAUUUCUGUAUGAUUUUACAUUUAGAUGUGAUUUCUUGAAACGUCUGAAUUUGGUGAGUGGCCUUGUUUGGCGCUGGAUAAGUGAUGUAUCGAAUCUCAAUCAUUCUUGUCCCCUAAUAAAUGAUUUUGAAAUAAAGCGAUUUGAAAAUCGUUAUAUGGAGAAGGAAUUAGAUAUACUACCUCUGGUUGAUGGUGACUAUGCUCUUUUUAUUAACUUUAAGGUUUAUAAUUCCUCCAAAUUUGAUUUGGAAGUUUAUGUAACAAUAACUUAA